AUGAGUAAUAUUUACAUCCAAGAGCCUCCUUCUACUGGCAAAGUAUUAUUAAAAACGAGCGUUGGAGAUGUUGACAUUGAACUAUGGACUAAAGAAGCUCCUAAAGCUUGUAGAAAUUUUAUCCAAUUGUGCAUGGAAGGUUAUUAUGAUAACACAAUAUUUCAUCGACUUGUAAAGGGUUUUAUUGUCCAAGGAGGUGAUCCAACUGGUACAGGAGAGGGUGGAGAGAGUAUCUACGGUCGUCCAUUCAAGGAUGAAUUCCAUACAAGAUUGCGGUUUUGUCGGCGUGGUUUGGUCGCAAUGGCCAACGCCGGCAAAGAUGACAAUGGUUCUCAGUUUUUUAUCACACUCGCAGCAACACCAGAACCAUUAUAUCCUCAAAAAAUAAUAAAAACCGAGGUAUUAUUAAAUCCAUUCAAAGAUAUUGAGCCACGAGAUUUGAAGAAAAAAGAAGAAAAAAUUAAAGAAGCUAAACCUAAAGCUUCUGGUGUUAACUCCGCUGUUACGGUAGAACCGUCAGGUCCACCGAGUAAAAAAAGGAAAGAAGACCGAAGCAGCGACUGGGAAAGCGGAGAUGAGUUGAAUGAAGAAGAGCGUAGUAAAGCCAAAGAAAAAGCUGAAGAAGUGAAGAAAAGAAUAAUGGACAAGUUGAAGAAAAAAGGAGAGGAGAAAAAAAUGGUUAAGAGUAAAAAAGAGGUUAAUUAUGAAGAAGCUAAAGAAGAGUCUAGCGAAGAAGAAUAUUAUAUAGGAAAAGAGCGCGACGAUGAGCGAAAAAAACAAGCGGAAGCUAUUAAAAAAGAAAUAAGAGGGUUGAAACGCGAUGUGCAGCGUGAAAAGAAAGAUAAGGAGAUUAAGGAACAACAGAAGUUGGCUGAAGAACAAAAGAAGGCUAAAAAAGGCAAACUUAUUGAAGAAUUUGUGGAAAUUCCCAAGUACAGAGAGGCUGUGGAGAAAAUUCCGCUGAAAGGAGAAUCAAGGGACAGUUUUACUAUGCAGAUGUUGAAUAAAUUCAAGAGUAAGUUACAAGAUGUCAAGGAAUCGACUUCUGAUGGUGGUACUACAGAAAAUAAAGAUGUUAAAGAUGAUGAUGAUGAUGAUGAUGAUGAAGAUGAUGAAUCCUGGAUGCAACGGUCGUUAGUCUGUGAUGAUAAUAAUCCAACACUUGCCAAAGAUGCCAACACUAAAAAUGACGACUGGUUCGAAAUUUACGACCCGCGAAAUCCCCUGAAUAAACGAAGAAGAGGAGAAACUUCAGAGAAGAAAAAGGGGCAAGAUGAAGAUACGAGACCGCGUGACUGGGACCCGAAGAAAACAGAGUGUCGCGGUCCCUUGAAAAUUGCGCGGUUGUGUAUUCUGGGCAUUAUUUUACCCGCGGCUUUGGUCGCGGGCCCGGUUUAUCUGCGCUAUCGCGUCUAUUCGGAACAAUUGUACCCGCUGGCGGCUUCGGAUCAACGGCUGAUCGAUGCACGUGUUUCGACUACUUGGUGCCAGAAACAAGUGGUUAAAGUAAAUGCAACAUUUAAUGCAUAUUUGAUUAAUGGUGAACCCAAGAUUAAAGUUGACGCGAUUCCAGUUUCUAUGACGAGACACUUGGUGUUGGAAGAUGAUAUGAAAGAAUACUGGGGAUUUUAUCUUUUACGUGGGAGCAGUGUUACUGUUUCUACUUGUGUAAGAUGGCCCGGAGCGUCAUUAACAAUAAUCCGUGGCCAUAAACAUUUACACGAGUGUGCAUUUAUCGGUGACGAUAGUAGUGAGGAGUUAGAAGAAUUACUAGAGAUAGCCGAGGAACGAGGAAUCUUAAACGGUACCGGCUUAUCGCAGCUCAAAAAGGACAAUCCAAGCAAUCUUCCAAAAAACAUGAAGCGAGUCCAGGCGGGUGUUCAAUUCCACCACCAGAAGAACACCGGGUUCAGUGGAACAAAUCUCGCGAGCCACUACAACAGCCACGAGCUCGAUGCUCCAGCAAUGCGGGAAAUUUUGAAAAAUCUCUUCGCGAAAACUUUGGAGACGAAGAACAAGCAAAAGUCUAACCCUCAUCAUCAUUAUGAGGGUGUUUUCAGAGAAAGUGUAAAUAUUGACCGGCCGCCGACUACCUUCGACAAUUACUCGUGGAUUUCCGAGCAAUUGAAGGCUCUGGAGCAAAAAACCGAGCAGACAAUUAUUGAAAAUGAAAAAACUACUGCUGAAUACAACAAAGAAGCUAAUUUCCCUGAAAAAGAAGAAAUGAAUCAGGUGAAAGCGAACGAAAAUUUAGAGCAAACUUCUGCGGAAGUGUUUAAAGAUAUUCUUCAGAAGAUAAACUCUCUAGGAACUCGCGGAAGAAGAGUAAUAGACAAAUUAAUUACGACUUUAGACGAGUCGAAGAAUGAAACUCAUAAUUGGACGAAAAUGCUGCACAAUGUAAUUCAAAAUUCUACUAUUCUUCCCGCGGAAAAGAAGCGACUGAAGCGCCAACUGUUCCUCUCCAAUCCUCUGCAAGAAGCUCUAGGAACCGCCGUCGAAGACGACGAGGACGCUGCGGUCGAAGAAGAAGACCUUAACCCAGACGGAAUCGCAGAAGACCGCGGUUCCGUUAAUGAGUCUACGCUAAACGAUCGCAGUAAUUCGGAGUUCUGGAGCUCUUUUAGCAGCUCCGAGGAACGUCUUCUCGAUUGCAAGGGGCUGAUUUUGAACUUACCGUUGACGCCGCAUCAUCUAUGCUCGCCGAAGUACGAGAACCAACAUUCAGCGGCCUCUAUGCCAAAUGCUGUUACUUAUCGGGUGCCGAUUGACGGCUAUUACUUCUUUGUCUUCAGUUCCGAGAACGAAAUACAGCCUAAUUACAUUCGCAUACAGUUCGACUUGCUGAAGACUGUCUACAAUACUUCCCAGCCGAUUUUUGAGUGCAAGAAUUCGACGAGCGAGUGCUCGUUGCCGUUCAAUUUCUUCAGUUGGGAGCGAACUGUUUUGGAACUACCGGUCACGAACAAUGACUCGCAGUGGAACGAAGAAUAUGUUGUCGUGUCACAAUGUGAGCCGAGAACGGCUGUUUAUCUUCUUUGUAUUAUUACAGUCCCGUUACUUAUUCUGUUAUUUGCAUUUCAUUGA